AUCGGAUUGGAUUAAAAAAAUCCCGAGUAUAAAUAUGGCUAACCCAUUCCCUGACAAGUGGCAAGACAGCAAAAUGGUGGCUUGCAGCUGCUCUUUUCCUUGCUUCACAGUUUCAACCAGCAAGCCGAUUUCUUCCUUUUCUCCUCCUCUUCAGCUACGCCUCACUGCGCCUUCAGUCGCAAAGCUCACUACUCUGCAUUUGGAUCAAAUCGCACUCCGGCAGCCUCGGCAAAGCAGAGCUUCAAAACAAAACAUUCCCAGUUUCUCGGUUGUUGCAUCGGAGAGCAAGGCGGAACCCUUGAGGAUCAUGAUAUCUGGGGCUCCGGCUUCCGGGAAAGGCACCCAAUGUGAGCUCAUUUCCAAAAAAUAUGGUUUGGUGCACAUUUCCGCUGGAGAUUUACUACGGGCUGAAAUUUCUGCUGGGACUGAAAAUGGGAGGCGAGCAAAGGAAUACAUGGAGAAAGGGCAAUUGGUUCCUGACGAAGUAGUUGUAAUGAUGGUCAAAGAGCGUCUUAUGCAACCAGAUUCUCAAGAGAAGGGUUGGCUCUUGGAUGGAUACCCUCGUAGCUUAUCUCAAGCAAUAGCUCUUAAAGAAUUUGGUUUCCAACCAGAUCUCUUCAUUGUUUUGGAAGUGCAAGAAGAAGUACUUGUUGACAGAGUGAUAGGCCGCAGGUUGGAUCCAGUAACUGGGAAGAUAUACCAUCUGAAGUAUGCUCCACCAGAGACCGAUGAGGUUGCAGCAAGGCUUACUCAACGGUUUGAUGACACAGAAGACAAGGUGAAGUUGCGUUUACAGACACAUAAUCAGAACGUACAUUCAGUACUUUCAUUGUAUGAAGAUAUCACUUUGAAGGUUGAUGGAAGUGUAUCCAAGGUGGAGGUGUUUGCUCUUAUUGAUAAUGCUUUGACAAAGCUCGUCGAACAAAAACAAUCUACACCGGGAUCUUUGGUGGCAUAAAUCACAAAAAAACCUAAAUGAUGAAUGAGUGGCAGAGGUCGUGACUGGGGUGUUUUGGGGAUUCGUGGUUCACCGACAUUGCUGAUUGUACAUUUGUACCAUUGCAGUUUUUUUACCAAUGCAUGUUUGAUGUUCCCAUUAUGUAUACAUACGAGAAAAAUAAUUAGCUUCUUAUUUACUCUUUCUGAAAUGUAAGAGAAAUCCUAUGUUUUUGGAAUUUUCUGUUAUUUUUUUAAAUCCUCUCAAAAAAAUGCGAGCUACUUCUUUUGAUGAAGACAU